AUGCCGCCCAAGAAGUCAGGUGCUACCAAGCGAAAGACCGACAAUGCGGACGCAGCUCCCAACGGCAAGAAAAGCAAGACGAGCAGCCGGAGCAGCGCACGAACCAAUGCGCCAUCCUCUGAUCCUGUCAAGACGCUCAAUUUCUUGCUAUCGGACAAAGCACUCGACUUGGCAACACCGCCAGAGGAAAAGGAAGAUAUUUCCAAGCAAGACGGGGCAGCUUACAAGACCUAUCGAACGCCUGAUCUGUCGCCCUUUGAAGAACUUGUCUGCGCAAGCCUACUGAGCAAGCCGAUCGAUCACCGCUUGGGCAGUCGUAGCAUCCGAACGCUCCUCAAUGCGCCUUUCAGCUUCAAUACACCGGGUCAGAUCGUCGAGGCCGGCGAGGACAAGCUUCGAGAGAGCUUAGACACUGCGCGUACACAACAUCGCCAAAAGACCGCAGCGCAGCUACUCGAGAUUGCGACCGUCAUCAAAGACAAGUAUGCCAAAGACGGCAGCGACGACUCGCUUGAAGGGUUACGCAAGGCAGCGGAUAGCAAGCCUGAAGAGAUCAAGAAGCUGCUCAAGGAGAUCAAAGGCAUCGGCGAAGGAGGCGUCAACAUCCUCUUUCGUCGCCUGCAAAUACACUUUGAGGAGCUCUAUCCGACCGCGGACGACCGAGCACUCUCGGCUGCCUCGACGCUAUUCGGGCUGCCUUCUGAGCCUGACAAGCUGCGCGAAGUGAUCAAAACUAAUAUCAACGAUCUCGACACCUCAGAUAUCAAAGGAUCUGGUGAUUUGCUGGAGCGCAAAGUGUUUGCUCGCGUCCUCGAUCGUGCAAUAGGCAUCGAGAUCGAAGGCAAGGGUGACGAGGCCAAAGAAUGCAUCUAG